UCACCAACCUGCAUCUGCAAAAAGACUUCUACCUUUUCACUGCUGACUCACCACCCCCCUUCUCCCUUUAGUGGUACAUCCCAGCCCUCCUCCUCCCUCCUCCCAUUGCCCUCCAUCCUUCCUCUCCUCUGCCACACUCUGCCUCUUUCUCCUUGGCGUGAUACUGAUCCAGCAGCCUCCCUUCAUUCUUCCCUCUGCUCUGAAUCGCAGGCAGCCAAGAGAACCGCAGGACCCCGGAAAGACAGAGAGAGAGCGAGAGAGAGAGUGAGAGAUCACAGACAGCAGGAGUAUCUCUAACAACGAGAGCUGCAGCAGCAGUGCAGACAGGAAGAUCAGAACUCUGACAGCAAAGGAACAUCCUGACAGCUGACUCACCUGACAACCAAUUAGAAACAAGAACAGAGGGAGAGAGAGAGCCAUGGAUUCCAGAUCAAAGCCCAGCAACACCAAGACAGACUCCAAAUCCAUCGCCAAGGGGCCUGAGAAAACAGCGACGCCAAGCGCAGCGAAGAAGGAGGAAGCCAGGCCAGCGGAACCAGCCCCCCUCCCCAGGAAACAGCCCUCCCAACCCCCCGCAGAGCCCAAGCCUGCCCCUGCCCCCACCACCGCGGCUCUGGAGAGCUCAAACAAGCCUGUGGCACCGUCAUCGGAGCCCGACCUCAACGGGGAGCAGAGCGCCGGAGGGGAAGGGGAGGGGGAGGGGGAGGGGGAGAGCCAGCCAGCAGGGGGCAGCGCCUGCGAUACCUUCGAGACCCUCAAACCCUUCCUCCUGGGAGGGGCCGUCAUCGCUGCCGCCAGCGCCGCCAUUGUGGGAGCCGUGCUGCUGGCACGUAAGAAAUGAAGCGGGACAGACAGCAGCGACUACUCUCUCUGUAAAUGUAUAGAAUACCAUGACGAGAGUAUUAAUGAUAAUAAUAGAGUAAUAUAGAGAAAUACAUUUGAUCAAUUAAACACACACACACACACAUGCACGGACGUUGGUGUUGUUGGUUAUUAUGGGGGACCUGCCUUUCAAAGUCAGUUUGUGAAAUAAUCGAGAAACCCCCUGGCCUGGAUUUCAUGUCGGACUUGACUGUGCAUACCAUCAACCAUAACGACACAUGGCACACAACUUUCAGACAGACAGACAGGCAGGCAGGCAGGCAGGCAGACAGACAGACAGGCAGGCAGGCAGACAGGCAGGCAGGCAGGCAGGCAGACAGGCAGGCAGGCAGACAGGCAGGCAGACAGACAGACAGGCAGGCAGGCAGACAGACAGGCAGGCAGGCAGGCAGACAGACAGACAGGCAGGCAGGCAGGCAGGCAGGCAGGCUGUCACUCUCCACUGUUUAGAAAGACACAGCAAUGACAUCUUCAAAUUUCAAUGUUAAAAACCCCUGAGUUACUAAACAAAUGGAAGAGUAAUGUGCUCACGAAUGCACUGGGGGUCUGACUCACCCCUCCUGUCUCCUCCCUCUGAUAAGGAAAUCGAUUCAGGGUUAAAGUUAGAACUGGACUGGUUCCAGUGUAGAGCGCUGUGCCUCUCCAGUUAGCCAGCUGGAGAGAUCAGAGGGUAGUGGUUUAGUAUUCGUUACACACAGACUGUGCUAGUGAAAUUGCGUGGGCAGCUUCAAUACACUAACGUUAACUUGUGGCAGUGCUACUGCUACUCGAUGCAGUGAAGCUGGUGUAAUUUUGGCUCUAAGGAAGGGUCUGUACUGUGUGCUAAACUAUACUGACAUGGAGCAUUGGGAUUGGAGGGAACUGGUCCCCUAAAAUACCAAGAUUCACAACACCCCUAAAUUAUUACCCCUGACCUAUAACCAAAGACCUGAGGCCACUGUGUCAUGAGGACUAAUCAAAUCGAGUUGAAAUCGUAACUUCUCCCGAAUCAGCCAUGACGAUUGGAUCACCUUGAAUGUCUGUGUCCAGGGUGGUCCCGCCCCUUUUUCAAAACCGCUGUCCAUUCAUGCGCUCCCUGUUCAUCCUGGCACUGCAUGGUUUUGCCCCACGCCUCACUCUCCUUUUCAUUCAUAAUAAUAAUAAUAAUAAUAAUAAUAAUAAUAAUAAUAAUAAUAAUAAUAAUAGUGAAGGAUCAUACAAAAUAAAAAAUAAGCGUAUAAAUGCAAUAAAGCAAGUAGGAAACAACCUUAGAUGAUAAAUAUUAGUGAUAUUAUAUCUUAUAGUUGUGUAGCUCACACCAAGACCAUGAAUGUUUUCAUUUUUAUUUAAAUGAAUGAAUGAAUGAAGGAAUUUGCACACAUUAGCUGCCCCUCCUUGGUCGCUGUGUUAGUUCUCAUAGUGUUGGAUGUACUGUCUUCAUGGAAACUGGACUCCCAGUGACACGGUUGUGUGGUACUGUAACUGUCUUCCAGAGGGCACGGAGUUUACAGGGAUACACUCUGUCAGAAACGAGCCGCAUCUAAAACUAGAAGAAACCAAGUUGGGGGUACAAGCGUUUCAGCUAGUGCAGGGCUUCCCAACCCCGGUCCUGCAGCCCCCUUGUGUCUGCUGGUUUUCACCCCAGCUGAGCUCUCAAUUACUCAACUAGACCCUUCAUUGAAAUGAUAUUUCGCUUAAUUAGACCCGUUUCAUUGUUCUCAGCUCCUAAACCGUUGCAGAUUUCAGGUUAGCCGUAACAUUUUCUAAGUUGGGAAGGCCUGGGCUAAUGCUUUUCAUUGCGCUAUUUAGUCCAAGACAUUGUGCGUUGUUAAAAACAGUGUUUGUAAACAAUCCUUACAUAUGCGUUGGGCUCAGGUCAAGGUCAAGUUAUUUAAAGUGUUUUUUUUAAUAUUAUUAUUAUUAUUGUUUUAGUUUUUAUGAAUACAAUUCAAACACAGAACUGUAUUCCACUCGUUAAUACAGGAUGUGAAAUAAAACAACACCCUUUAAAUGGGUCCUGAGCUAAAUCUAGAUGACCAGACCCCACUUACUCGGGGGAAACUUGAGAGCUGCCUGCUCCUUUACAAUAUACACCUAGUUUGAACGUCUUGACCAGAGUGACAACAGGCCUCACUGUACUUCUCAAUCUCAAAGUAUUUCUGAAAAACUCACUCACCCCCCAACCCCGGAACUGCUCCUGAGGUUAGAGAUAUAUUAGCAUUGACCUGCAUUGUACAGAAUGAAACUUGCUUUUCUCGUUGCAGUGAUUCUAUGCGGGAGCGUCUGCUCCUCUGCUCCCGUAUUCGCGGCAGGGAGCAGGGAGCAGCAACGUGGCCUCACCCGAGAGACCCCGUAUUCCUUUAUCACAGUUCUCCACAGUAAAUUUUUUUCCGAUGGCUAUAGUAUGCAUUUACCAUAGAUUGUCAUGUUUUAUUUUUUUGUAACAUGCCUUAUCACAUCUCUCUUUACCUAUGCUUUAACUGUGCUUUAUUACACUUUGCUGUGCUUUUACUAUGGGAAACAUUUCUAAGCGAGAUACAGUACGCUCUACACUCUGUGACCUGCAGGUGUCUGUGUCUGUCUGCCCGUCUGCGUGCGUGUGUUCCUUAUAUACUCUGUGUAUUCAUGACGUGUUCUUUACUGCCCCCCUAAGUGAGUUGUCACCGAGGCAUGUGAAAUAAACAUAUUUAUUCCCAGA